GUUUUGCCCCUACGGUGUCUCUGUUGUCACUCUCUCUUUACCCUUUUCUUCCCCUUUGACUGGAAUAAUUAUCAAUGACCAGCCCCACCCUGUUUAUUUGAGCGGACUAUACCUGAGCCAGCAUGAUAUUCUUCGCCUCUCUUUUCUUUUUUUUUUCCCUCCUGCCCUCCGCCAGUGUAAGGCAUGCUGCUUGACUCUUCUCGGCCGCUAGUUCCUUCCCUCACGGUCCUUCGUGCCCUUUGUUUGCAUUGAUCUAUACUAGGCGUCGUCGACUGUCUCGGCCCGCUUGUGGUGAACAGGGCUCUUUGGCUAUUGUAAAAAAUAACGGAACCACAAAAAUAGCACAUCCAUUGCCCGUCAUAUGAGGCAGUGAGUGAGUGAUCAUUGGGCACCAACCAUCGCUAUCAACAUAGACUCGUGCCGGUACCUUUUUGGUGUGACUGCCCAGGAUCUGGUGCAGUCUCGAUCUGAGCUGGGGCAACGAAUACUGGGCCGAUACCAUCCAGGGCUAUACCUUCCAUUGGCCAUUCACUGGUCUUCACGAUGUACUAUAUUCUCUACCUCGCAAGUCUCUGCCGACGCCGGCACUGGGCAGAACCUGCCUACGAAUCCUAUGCAGUCGGAGGCGGUUACACGUGCAUUGUCCGGGUCAACAACCGGGAAUACCAGACGGAGGACGUUUGCGAAUCGAAGACUCUAGCUGAGGAGAAUGCAGCGAUGCGCGCGUACCUGAUUUGCCGCAACUUCUCUGUCAACGACGGCAUGUACCCUGCUGGUCAUGAACACCGGGGGGGCCCCAUUCAGGGAAUUCCGGUCGCCAUUGGCACGGGAAGAAAGGGACGCUAUGGAGAUGAGACGGAUAUGUCGACUAGCGGCGAGAGCAGAAGUGGUGGGAGCAGUCCGGAGAGUUGUGAAGGGAGACUGGAUCGACGGGGCGUUGGACCGACGAGGGCGCUUGCUUUUGGGCAGUAAGUAGCGGAUGAUUGAUUUUCUUCGAAAAGGAGGAAGGGAGUGAAGCAGAAGGAAUACUGGGAUACUUGAUGAUGCUACGAUUUACGACAUGACUUGAAUACCAGAUAGAUCGAAAUGAUUUUCUUUGUGCUUGUUGGCUGUCGCCUUUAGCGGUGAAGGGUACUAUGGGUGAUGGGUGAUGGAUGAUGGAUGAUGGAAUUGGUCUAUGGCAGGAACACAGGGAUUGAUUCCAGACUGAUGAUCGGGCUAGUUUGUUUGAUUGAUUGCAUGGGUGGCCAGCGAUCACAAUCUUGGGUGGUGAAUUGAUGUAUGAGCGCUUAAUUGAACUUGUGUAUAUACUAUGCAGGUUGAAAUCACUGACUACUACCGCUGCUGCUAAGGUAUAUAUAUACGUAGCGGUCUAGACCACCACCCAACUGAACAACCUCCAGCCAUCAUGAUGAAACAGACACCACCGCCAUUCCUCCUGAACCUGACCUCAGGAACAACAACUGAAACCCCAAUGACGCCAACACCAGCAUCAUAGUUAUCAUCAUCACCCCUUAACAUCGCAAAUUAACCUCUGCUUCGCCUCCCUCAACCGAACAAACCGACAUGACACGCGUCUCCACACAAGCAUCAUCACAGCUGACUCAUCAUGACGUACAUCACCCAACGAACUACAUUAUGAAGUUUAUCCUUCCAAGGCAACUCGG